CCAGCAUCUCAGAAACUUGAAGCAAGUCUGCCUGUCAGCAGAACUGAAGGAACUGCAUGAUGACCACCUUAUGUGAGCAGCUUAUCAGUGAUUUAGAGGAGUUCAGGGUCACCUGGGAGAUGGAUGGAAGUGAAGGAGAAGAUGGGUGAAGACCCAGGGGCACAGGAGGAACAGGGAUAAAGACAUCUUCAGAUGACUGAUAGUCCUACUACGGAUUUGGAGAUUGGGUUUAACUAUUUGUGUUUGUACAUUUGUUUGCCAACACAGGAGAAGAGGUCCAUCAGGAAGUCCCAUGAAGGCUGCACAGACUUGACAGGGGAGGAGGGGAAGGAAGAACCGGGAGACUUGGAUGGAGUUGACAAUGUGCUUGCAGUUGCUGCCUUUGCCAUUCUGUUCGUUAUCAGUUUCCUCUACAGCACCUUCGUCACCAUUGUCAAGGUUCUGAAGUGACCAGCAGAUACACGACCCACAUUCAAUCAAGAAGUCCCCGUGUGGCUGCUGAUGUUUGGAAAUGCAAUCUCCAUCUCACUCAUUCAGCAAUCCUAGGCUACUGCACUGCAACUGCUCAUUUCAGGAGAUAAACCUCCAAAUGCACUGGGGAUGCUGGAGGGGAAAUAGGGGGACAGAGAGGGGUAGGUGGGAGGGAGGGACAGGAGAGGACAUCACAGUGGGAACAUGUCAGGGUAUGUGACACUGGAGGGAGGGGGAUACAGGAGGGGGACAGGAAGGCAGGGUUAAUCUUUGGGGAUGGGGAGCAGGGGAUGGCAGUGUGGUCAGUGAAGGAGGAGAGGGGAGUGAGGAUGGGGGUAUUGAUAUUGUGGAGCAGGAAGGUGACCUGGGGAGGGGGGGUGUGGAGGAUGAUGGGCUUGGGGUCUUGCUCUGUCAUAUUCUGUAAAUCAGAUGUUGUGGAAGUCAUUGCCUGUAGCUUAUUUUUCAGUUUUCUGCUGGAGUGUAUGUCUUGAUUUGAAGUUAGAUUAAAAACAAAGAAAAGAAGGAAAUGAAAUGAUUGUUGAUAAGACUGAGGGAAGCCAUUCAGCCCAUCUUAGUUCUCUCACCACUGCAGCAACCUCUCCUGCCUCAAAACCCAACAACUUGGUAAUGCAUCCCAGGACACAUAUCGGAGAGAUUUCCAGCCUGUAAUGUGUGAGUGUAGCCCCACUCUUACUCCUCAUGGUCAUAAGGGAUUCCCACAGUGGGAAUACUGGGCUGCUGCAUCCCGAGAAAGAUAUCGAGGAAAACAUGGAGACUCAUUGGAGGAGUUUCU